CUAUCCUUUUUGUAAUUUUGGUUCUUGCUUUUGUUGCGUACAUAUGCGAGUUGUAGCUCGCCACGAACAUCGUUCGUGGCGAGCUACUUUCACAUUCCGCGAUUUGUUUGUCCCAAUUACCUACACUGGUUAUGGUGUUUAUAUCAACUAGGUGACGCUAGCCACCGCCUAACUACCUUUAAAAAUUGCCUUUACAAUUUGCACACUGCACGAAGACAUCCAUCCGCUUAGAAAGCCCAAUGUCCGCGUUCAUCGAAAAUCGAAAUGAAAAUGUGCUAUGAAAAUCUGUUGCUUCUGGCGUUUCUAGCCCCGAGAUCGGACGAUCUGAUAUAAACGGUGCACCAUCAUGGCUGCCGGCAUGGAGGACGUUGCCAGGAUCGAAGUCUUGGUGGACAACUUCCCAGACAACGACCCCCGCAAGGUGGAAGCUUCUGUUGCAAGGCUCGCGGGAAAGCUCGGACGAGCGGGCCUCAAUGUGACGAGGCUGCGCGCCGAACAGCUGAGCGUGCCUUUGGCCCUCACGGCCUGCAACGCGGUACUCGAGUCCGUGGCACUGGAACUUAACGAGUAUGAACCGGGAAGGUUUGCGCUGGUGGCCCGAAACCCACAAUCCCUAGAACCCCCCUACGAGGAGUUGGUGACGGAAGACGACGGGUCGGCGGCGGACGACGACGCGCUGGACGGAGCCCUGCUGGCGUCAUGGCUUCUGCGAAUUCGCGGCUGCAUCGUCGUCCUUGAACUCGGCGUGGAAAACAUAGAGGGGCCUCUGCCUUCUGUCCUUCAAACCGUGGUUGGUGAAUGCAGCUCGCUGAAGAGCGUUUCCUUGAAGGGGUGGGAUCUCACUGAAGACGCGGCGGGCGAGUUCACGCGUGGACUGACCUGCUUGUCCAAUGUGGAGAAGCUUGUGGUGUCCAUGUGCAGGGUUGGCGAAGUUGCGGUCGGAAAUCUGGCGAGGAUGUUGGAGGAAAGCAGCUCAUGCGUGAAGAGCGUGCAGAUGGCCCAUGGGAGUUACAGUGCGGCAGGAUUUGCGUCGACGAUAGGCGCACUGUCGCGCUGCCGGAACGUCACUUCACUGGUCUUCCACAACUGGUCCGUCAACCUCGACUCGGCGAAGCUCCUGGCUGAGUUCUUGAGGCACACCGCGGGUCUUCGGGAGCUUGAGAUGCCCUACAGCAAGGACGAAGCGUGCGAGGAAAUCAUCUUCGACGCAAUGCGAAGCAAUGUCUCCGUUCAAAAGCUCGUAACGGCCGACAUCUACAGUGGGAGUAGGCGGCUGGCAUACCACGUCGCGGACGUGCUCAAGGCCAACUGCGUGCUCGAGGUACUCAGCGUAACGUCGAGUGGCAUCGACUGCUUGGGCGCAUCAGCGAUUGCGGACGCACUGAGGGUCAACGGCACCCUUAGGGAAUUGGAGAUACACGGCCACGGCAUCAGAAGCAGGGGAGCUCUCGCAAUUGCAGAUGCGUUGCGAACAAACAAGACGCUCCGGAAGCUGACCUUGGAAUGUGGCAGGGUGAGCUGCAUGGUGGUGAAGGUAUUUGCGCUCGUGCUCAAGCGGAACACCAGUCUCGUCACGGUUCGUCUCCCCGAUGUCGGCACGAACGGGUGGGAGGAAGGCAACUUGCGGGCGGUUCUAGCGUCGGGCAACGUCUGCGGCAAAUUGAGCGUCGCGUGGAAUGACGUGGGCCUCGCGCAGCUCGCCGUGGACAUCGAAAGCAAAUUCACGAAGGAAUGGUACAUCAAUUUCGACACCAACGUCGGAGUAAAGCGGCUAGGCGACGUCUUUGACGCGGUGCAGCGUAGCGAGCACGUGACGCAUCUCUACAUAGAGAAUGCGGGAGACCUACCGAAGUCGAGCAUCGCUAACCUCGCCCUGGCGCUGAUUCAUUCGAAAAGCUUGAAAACUCUGGAGCUCCGUUCGGAGUACCAAUACGACCUGGCUCAUGUGGUGCCACUGAUCAACGCACUGAAGUUGAACGAGAGCCUCACACGGGUGGACUUCGGAGACUUUGACGUGGCAUACUACGGUAGAGAAGCAGAGCAUCUUGCGGAAGCAUUGAGGGUAAACCGGACACUACACUGGCUUCUGUUUACGACCGGUGCGUUGAGCGACAAGGAACUGGAGGUCGUUGCCGAAGGGAUGUCGACAAACGACAUACUCAUAGAAUUGACGCUCGGGGACAACAUGUCGAGGAGCAAGGGGCUGUUCAACAUCAGAGACCGUCUCAGAAGGAACCGGAUGACGCUGAACAGGGCGGUUGAAUUCGUGCUCGGAACCGGCGUCGACGCGGAAGAGUCAAAAGAGGCGUUCAAGAAACUCUACCGAAAGGACUCGCUCGUAGAAGCAACGAAGACGGUGGCGCAUCUCACGGACGCGGAAGCGAGAGAAAGGAUAGGGGACGCCGCGGCAUCCCUUCUGCGAGAGAUUACGGCAGCGAGAGCGGUCUGAACGUGCGCGGUGCAAUUUCUGCUAACUUAAGCGGUUCUUUUAUCAAUAUUGACUCGUGAAAGAUGCUGUGUGGUGUGCUUGCCUCAAGUUUGAGACCGUGUUUAAUGGUUGACCAUGCAAGAGGUCUCGCCCGCUGGCUCAAGGAGAGUGCAGCGUGUAAUAUUUGGAUUAGUUUUAAGAAAAAGUUCAGUUGUUGG